ACAUAGUUGUAACAGGAGUGCAAAAUUUAUAAACAGAAGAAUCAGAUAUGUCAGAAUUCUAACCUUCAACUUCAACCUAGAUCAUUACAUUUUAAAAGUCAACUUUUUGGAAAAAAAUUGUAAAUAUGGCAUUAAUGGGAAUAAGAAACCUGGUUAAAUGUUAUCCGCCCAUAAGCGAAUUGCUCAUUUUCAACACAAGGAGUAUAGCAGUUUCCAACUCAAGGAGAAAUACAACUGCUGAAGAAAUCAAACAAGAGCAGACACCAAAUGUUACUGAAAAAAAUGUUGAGCUCCAAAAGUUGAAUGAACAGAUAUCUAAACUCACAACUGAUAAUUCAGAACUCUUGGAUAAAUACAAGAGGGCAUUAGCAGAUAGAGAAAAUUUACGUGAUAGACUUACAAAGCAAAUUGCUGAUGCAAAAGUAUACAGUAUACAAGGUUUUUGUAAGGAUUUGCUUGAUGUAGCUGAUGUUUUGAGUAAAGCAACUGAAACUGUACCUAAAGAAGAAAUCACUGAUAAAAACCCACAUUUGAAAAGCCUUUAUGAAGGUUUGAUUAUGACUGAAUCUCAGUUGAAGAGUGUAUUCAAAAGGCAUGGAUUGGAACCAGUGAAUCCUAUCAAUGAGAAGUUUGAUCCCAACUUCCAUGAGGCCCUAUUUCAAAUGGAUGCUCCCAACAAAGAUUCUGGUAUAGUGGUAGUAGUUUCAAAAACUGGAUACAAAUUGAAAGAUAGAGUACUUAGGCCAGCUUUAGUGGGGGUUUCAAAAUAACUAAUAUUUCACUAGAAACUGAUUUUUAUGGUUGGUAUGAUCCCAAUGUGAAAAGAUACUACAUUGUAAUCUUUGUUGUCAGCAAAUUAUAAAUGAAAUAUUGUUAUUAUAUAGGUA